UCAAUUAGCAAAGGUCAAGUGGUUCUCCUUCGCGUAAGCGCGCAUAGAUAAAAAUAGUCUCAUGAAUCAGCCGCACUUGGAAAGUGCGGUUGAUUCAUGAGUUUUAGUCUAGACUGUAAUUUAUAGGUCUGCUCAUAAUUAUAUUUCUAGUCUGCUGUAAAGGUCGAUCGUGUGACUAUUUACGAUAAUGGAGCCUAAGAAAAAUGAAUGCUCUGCUGAAGCUCCCAGUCAAGCUGUUGGACAACCAGAUUUUCACGGUAUCUCACCUGGAAAGGUUAUUUAUGAUGCUGGAGACUCAUUCAAGAGGUUUAUGGCAAGUCAUACCAAAACACUUAUUAAGCAAAUGAUUACGAAAAAGAUCAUAAACAAAAAAAUCGGCAAAGCAAUCAAAAGUCAAGAAAAUUCUUCAGACUUGCUUCUGGCAACAAUGAAAAAAAUGUCUCUGGAGGAGUUUGUGACUUACCUUCGAUUGUUACUGGCCAUUUCUAAAUCUGAAGAACAGGAAACGGAUGCAAAAAUAGGAGCGGAAAAAGACGCCCAAAAGUCUUUGUAUGUGAAAACUAUCAAAGACGAUACGAUAAAUCUAAUGAGAAUCAUGAAAGGCUCACUUGAAGCAAUGAAACCCUCACCUGGUUCAGAACUACACGCUGUAGUUGCUGAGUUUGUGUAUUUAGUUUCUCAAGACAGCAGCGAUCGAAGUCAAACCACUGUUUCUCAAGACGUCAGCGAUCAGAGUCAAACCAUUAUUUCUCAAGAUGACUGUCUUCAAACUGUUUGUCAAGACGACAGUGAUCAAAUACAAACCACAGCACAACCAGAUGUAGAUUUACCACCUAACCUUUUUAAACCACCAGAAGGACAUCUUGGAAAUCCUGUAUCUCACUUCUUCACAAAUGAAGGUGGGACCCUCUACUCUCCGCUGCAUGGUGUCACCGUGAUUAUCCCCCCCAAUGCCAUCCCUGGAGCCAUCCCCAAAUUCUUUCUCUCCAUGCACUUCUAUCUAUUACAACCAUUCACUCUAAUGGAUGAUGCAGAUCCUUGCUCUGUGAUAGUGUGGUUAUACCAGAAUCCUCGCUUUCAUUUUCUCGAGGACGUCACUGUCAAGAUUCCCCACGCUGCUGUAGUCGAUGACUCCCUCUGUGUAUUGACCUGGAGUAAAGAUAAACAGUUGAACCUCAACACCGAAGUCCCAGCUGAUUUCAGCGAUGGAUACCAUGCUGUCAUCAAAGUCAAGCAUUUCUGUCCGAAAGUCACUGCAAAGAGAAUAAAACCUAGACAAAAACCUACCAAAAAACGAUCAGGAGGAAGUAACAAUUUGAAAAAGAAAAUGGAGAAGUUGAAUAGUGGCAGUUUGGAGACAUCCAUUGAUGAAGGCCUGGCAAGUCUCACUAACAGUACAGAGGCUGAUCCCAACACAAGACCCCUCCCUCGUCAAGAUGCCAUGGAGUGUGACUCUCCAGCUGUGCCAGUCUCACAGGACAGUCUAACGACUGAGGAAGAUGAGUCUGGUUUCAAGUACAGCAUAGCCUGCAGCAUGCCCUCUGAUCGAUCAACGGGAGACUGGAAGGUGCAGUUUGCAGCUUGUCAAAGCAACCCCACAGGAAUCUCGUUGUUGAGGAAGUCAGCAGAGGAGGUAUUUGGCGGAUAUGUCUAUUUUUAUCUGGUGGAGGAUAUUGGAAUCAAGGGGGGCCAAUUUGAGAUGUUUCCAGAGACUUGGAGUGACAACAUUUGGAAGAUAGAUGCGUCUGAGAAAAAAGCGUCUAUAUCAUUUCAGAUAUCUGAGGAGCAGAUACUGCGUGUUUCAGAACACUGUGUCUCAUCUAAGACGGAAUCGUCUGGGCAGACCUUUCCCAAUCUCCCCAGACUGUUUUAUGACGUGUACCACAUGAGUGAGAAUGACCAUUCCAAACUUCACUGCUCAAUAUAUGCACGGAAAACGAUUGAUGUUAAUGGCUAUACACCCUGCUUCAUUAUCACGUGUACCCCCAUGGGGAGGAUACCCAUUACAAAGAAAGGCGAGAGAGUCCUCUUCACCACCCCCUAUCUCUAUGGCGUUCACAGUGACAUUAUCAGAGUCCUUACUCACCAAAGCCAGGAUGUUGUUCUCGACACUCGAACGAUCGAACAUCUCAAGUUCCUCGCAGACAUUAGUCUCCAGUUAUCCGACACCCAAAGACUGUGCGCAGCAUUAGACAGACCUGACGACGCAGAUUUAGAUACCUUUACAGUUCUCGGCAACUGGGUGGCCAGUCAAGGCAGAGCCGCUAGCUUGAUACGACUCAAGGAGCAGCUCAGUGCCAUAGAUAUUGUCGACAUUGCUGUUUGUGAGAACAAAGACUCGAGUGACCUGCUCAGUCCACACCUAGAAGAUUGUUUCAUUCUGGACGUUUUCAUAAAAGGUGACACGGCAUCAAGUUAUACAGCCCUGCUGAAUCUGUCUACAAAGUUGCAAAACUGCUGGAGGAUAGUUGGCCGUCUACUGGGAAUCUUACCUAAAGAGUUAGACAAAAUUGAUCUACCGGAGGAGAAAUUGUAUAAUAUUAUCGAUCCGCCGUCAUACCAACUGAUUUUCAAUUGGCAGAGGAGAGAGGGGAGGGGAGCUACCUUCGGGGCACUCUUCAAGGCCAUUCAUCGAGUGUACCACCAUAAACCAUUGUUAAUCAAUGAUGCUCAUCUCUUCUGUGUUCAUUAUGUUCAUAAAUAUCUACCCAUCCCUGUACAUGUGUUUCAUUAAA